AAGCAACAAUGAGCAAUUCCUGCAGUAGUUAUUAGUAAGGAGCAUACUUAACAAGAUCGUACCCACGGACACAAAGCCCUUCGUUCUGCACUUGCACUAUUGAGAUAUACUUAGAUAUAUCUAUUGGACUGUCCUCAAUAGUUGCGUACGGACCAGCGUCUAAAUACAGACUCUAGCAUAAAGUCCUCGAUAGUAUCAAAAUUUUACACUAACAACUUUCUCCAAAUCAACAUAACACCAUGGUAUCUCUAGCUGAACCCCGUCGUAAGACCAAGAUGUCAUUCGACCCCAAUAACAAGACCUGGCAGAAUGAUGAAACCAAGUUUGGCAAAACACUUAUGAAGAAAAUGGGAUGGUCAGAUGGUGACGGUUUGGGAAAGGAGAGAAAGGGAACAACAUCGCAUUUAAAAGUUAAAGUGAAAAAUAACUCCUUAGGAUUAGGCGCAGACAAGCAAGGUGCCGGGGAUGAGGCGUGGCAGGAUCUGCAGGCGGGAUUCAAUAAUCUGCUCGAGAACUUGACCAACGCACACACCACGGGAGAGGUCAAUUCGCACAAGAAGGCUACUACAAAACUCGAAGACAAGACUAACGCCAGUAAACGCAGGUUUUACGGAAGGUUUGUGAAAAGCAAGGAUGUGUCCAACUACACAGAUCACGAUAUGAACCAGAUUCUAGGUAAAAGGGACGCACUGGCUACAAAGGUAGUGGAGACUACUACUGAGACUAUUGAGUUGGGUAUGGAGAUCUCGGAGGACCAAGACCAGUGCAAGGUGUCCGGUCUGGUGACUACGACGAAUACAGUCAGUAUGACAGACUACUUUGCAAAACGAUUAGCCGAGAGGAGAGCAGCAAGUAGUGUCACGCCGAUUGGCGACAGAGAGGAUAGUGUGGCCUUAGAAAUUGUAGGUAGCACCAGUGGCGGUAGUACAAGUGCAGAUAGCAGCGUGGUCACAAGCGAUGCGGAGGAAGUCGAGGAAGAAGCCAGUGUCACAGUACUGGACGAUACAGAGACUGACAGUAUAGUAGAAAGCAAGGCUGAGAAAAAAAGUAAGAGUGGAAGCAAGAAAAGUAAGAAAGAAAAGAAGAGCAAAAAAGAGAAGACAAGUAAGAAAGACAAGACAGCGGUUCCGAGCGAAAGUGUGACUGGUGUUGGAAAUGAACCGAUAUCUAAGAAGGAGAAGUCAAGGAAACGAUCAAGGACUGCGGAGGAUGUUGAGGAGGUACAGCAGCCACCAAAGAAAGCCAAGAAAGAUAAGAAGCACUCCGAUGCGUCCCAAAAGAAGGAGAAGAAGUCAUCAAAAGAGAAAAAAGCUAAGAAGUCCAAGAAAUAAGUAUUCAAUAAGAAAUAGAAGUUCAACUCAUAGUACCUCCUGAUUUUUCAAUGCUAGUCAUAAUUUAUAAAGGACAAAAUCGUGUGUUUUUCC